UAACACUAUAAUAAUAUACUAUUAUAUUUAUUAUUCAUUAAUUAUUAUUAUUUAUUUACCAAAACUCAUAUACAGGUGUAUGACAAUACUUGUGUGUUAUUGUUUUAAUCUGCUGUUGUUUUUUAAAUCGUAGGGGACGGUGAAUUAUUAUAAUCAAAUAUAAUAAUGUAACAAGAGAAACCAUAUUUUUUGGGGUUGAUGUUGGUGUAUCAACAAUAGUCAAGCACAAGUUUGGAAUUUCGUUUGAAAUUCUUUAUCAUGGUUUUCGAAAGUCUAGUGGUCGAUGUACUCAACAGGUUCAUUGGAGAAUAUGUUGAAAAUUUGGAUACCUCCCAGUUAAAUAUUGGAAUUUGGGGCGGAGAUGUUGUUUUACGAGAUUUAAAACUAAAAGAAACUUGUUUGGACGGCCUUGAUUUACCAGUUAGAACUAUUUAUGGACAUCUGGGAAAAUUGGUUUUAAAAAUCCCAUGGACAAAUCUGUAUAAUGGAGCUGUUGAAGCUACGAUUGAAAGUCUUUUUUUGCUUGUUGUUCCAACACAAGAUGUUACAUACGUUGCAGAGAAAGAAGAAAAAAAUAUCCAGACUAUGAAACAAAAUGAAAUUUUAAGAAUUGAAAAUUCAAAACUUUUGGAUCAGCAAACUAAUAAAUUGGAACACGAUAAAAUAAAAGAUUCAUUUGUAGAGAAACUUGCAACUCAAAUUAUUCGAAAUGUCCAAGUCAACAUAAAAUCUAUUCAUAUAAGAUAUGAAGAUAAAGUAACUUUUCCAAAUAACCCUUUUUCAUUUGGCUGUACACUUCAUGAUUUAAUAUCUUAUUCGACUGAUUCAAACUGGAAUAGUUUAAUUGAGAAGGGUCAAGAUCCGCUUGGAAUGAUUUACAAGAUUAUAUUAAUGGAAGGUUAUGCUUUGUAUUGGAACUCGAAUGGUCAUUUAUUUACAGAUCAACCAAGGGAAUCUUUUAAGAACUCUUUUAAUGAUGGGAUACCAAAAAAAGACAUUCUUCCUGAUGGCUAUGAAUAUUUGUUAGGUCCAAUUAAUGCCAAAGCUAAAAUGCAAAUAAACCCAAAGCCAGAAUUAGAUGGCAGUGAUUUUACAAUACCUAAAUAUUCUAUCGGUAUUGAUAUGGAUAAUUUAAAUUUGAGAAUAAGUAAAACACAAUAUCAAGAUUUAAUUAUGGCUGCAGAGUCAUUAGAUCGUUUGACUAAAGCCAUACCGUGUAGGAAAUAUAGGCCUUUAUUAAAAGAGUAUAAAGGACAUUACAAAGAAUGGUGGAUGUUUGCUUAUACGUGUGUUGUAGAAAAGGAUAUCAGAAGAAUUAAAAGGAAUUGGGACUGGAAUAAUAUUUCUACUCAUAGAAAAGCAAUAAAAGAGUAUGCUGUUUAUUAUAAACAAAAACUAGAAUCAAAAAAAACUUCUGUUACAACAUUAAAAGCACUGGAGGAGUUCGAAUGUAAAUUGGAUGUAAUGAACAUCAUAGUGACGAGGCAAAGAGUUGAAAAUGAAGUUGAAAGAGAAGGUAAAAUACUAGAGGAAAUGAAAAAAGUUGAAUCAAGACGCGGUUGGUUUAGCUAUUGGCGAGCAACAGAUAGUGAUAAAGAAGAAAAGGAAAAAGAUAUUAUUCGACAAUUCGAAGAAGCUAUGAACACAACUGAAAAAGAAAAACUGUACAAAGCGAUUGGCUAUCAAGAAAGCUCAGCAGCCACAAACUAUCCAGAAACAUUUGUUGAUACAAAAUUUCUCUUUUGUUUGCACACAUUAGAAAUAUCAGUCUAUGACGAAGAAUUUACUUCUGUACAAAAAGCCUUGUCAAUUAAUUUUAAGGGGUUUGUCUUGGAUGUUCAAAGAAGAGUAGCUGCUAAUGCUAUAAAGAUCGAAGCUAGUGGUGAAACAUUGUCAGUAUUUGGCCUUCCACAAUCAAAUAAAAUUCCCAAAAUUAUUUCAUCAAAAGCAUUUGAUCAGUAUAAAAGUGCAAAAGACUUGAUAUCUUUCAAAGAUGGUGAUUCUUUUGACAGACAAAUGUACUUGUUUAGUUUCCUCUUCGAGACGAACCCUAUCAAUAAAUCAUGUGAUAGUAGAGUACAAUUAUCAUUUAAACCGCUAAAAAUAAUAUAUGAUGCACAAACUAUAAUCAAAAUAAUAAAUAUAUUCGCGAUACAACAAUCAAGUGUUAAAACCCAACUACAAGAAGCAGCUGGAUUUAAAUUUGCUGAAUUAAAAAAAAAAUCUGCAUUGGGUAUGCAACAUAUUAUUGAACAACACAAGAGACUUGAAUUAAAAAUUGACAUGAUGUCGUCUUAUAUAAUUAUACCCCACGGAGGGUUUUAUAAAAAAGAUCAGUCUGUUCUAGUUUUUAAUUUAGGAAGUUUAAAAAUAAAAUCAAAACCACAAAAUUUAGAGGAUUUGAGUAUUAAGUCAAUGCAUAAUAAAGGUGCUACCCAAACUGAAGUUUUUCAAGAAACUGUUAGUCGUAGUUAUGAUCGCUUCUAUAUUGAAUUAGAAAAUGCACAAAUUUUAAUUGCCAAUAAGGGGGAAAAUUGGAAAAAAGGAUUAAACGAGUCCUAUCAAAAUGAACUUUAUAUUCUAAAACCAACUAAUUUGUUAAUUGAAGUAGAAAAGUGUCUAAUAACCGAUGAUCCUCGAUUGCCUUUACUUAAAGUGACCGGAGAACUUCCAAAUAUCGAUAUUAAAGUAGCAGAAAACCGUGUAUUAGAUGCUAUAUCGGUGUUUUUGAGUGUUCCGUUACCACAAAGAAAGAAAGAACCAAAAGAUUAUUCAGAUGAUUUCGAUUUACUCGGUUCAGCUAUGUCGUUGCGUCAAAAAAUUGAUUCUUUUAAUAUGUCUAAAAAUUUGACAAAUCAAAGAAAGGAUUCAGAAAAAGCUUCAGACAUAAAUGUUCAAUUUAUGUCAUUAGAUGUAAAAUUGAUUCUUAAACGAUUGUCAAUAACAGUAUUGUCAUGCGACUACAAAGGUUCAUGGCUAAGCCCGCUGUUAGAUUUCAAUUUACUCACAUUAGAACUUUCGCUGACACAACAAACAUUUAAUACAAAUAUUUCUCUGAAACUGGGAAGGUUAUAUCUUGCGCAAUACCACAAAGACACUAUUAUUCCCUUAGUUGACACACCAGAUGAAGACGAAAAACAAUACCUUUUACUAAUCAUGUAUACUUUGGUGGACAAAAACACACCAGAAUUUCAUACUACCUAUGGUAGUGUGAUGCAAAAGCUUGAACUAAAUUUUACUAAACUAUUAGCAACGGCUAACAGAGAAGCUUUAUUAAAUCUUAUAGAUUGGUCGACUAAUGUUAGUAAUAAUAUAAAAAACAUGCAAAAACAAUAUGAUUAUCUUAUUGAACCUAAAAUAGCUAAACAAUUGUCUAAAAAAGAUAAGCUAAAGAAAAUGCCAUUAGUUUCCACAGCCUUGUCAACUAUACUAGAGGAAUCAGCGUCUAGUAAAGUUCAACAAAUGAGCAAAAGAACAGUUGAAAAUAACAGUAUAAAAGAUAUGAUGUUAGUAGCACAGAUUGGUGAAAUUCAAUUAAUAAUUGUGACAGAGACUGAAGAUUUGGCUCACAUGUUUGUUACUAAGCUUGAAUCCUCCGUCAUAAUGAAUAAAUCGCAUAUUCAAGUUGAUGCUAAGUUGCAAAAUAUUAGUGUAACAGACUCAUCACCUAAUACUGUUUAUAAACAUAUCAUUCAUGUAGCUGAAGAUGACGAUGCUUUAAAAUUCCAAAUGAUUAUGUAUAAAGAACAAUAUUUAGUGGAUUAUGAUUCUCCAGAAAUUUACAUGUCCAUAACUUCUGGCUGUAUAAAAUGUGUUUUCUUAAAUGAUUUUGUGACUAAAGUAUUAGAUUUUAUUAAUCAUUUUAAAUCUAGUAAAAUGGCUAUUUAUGAAGCUAGUGCUGCUGCUGUGGCUACUGCCAAAAUGAAUCUUAAAUCUGUCACUCGUAUUGCUCUUAAUAUUAAUUUAAAGGCUCCAGUUUUAAUUGUGCCACAAAAUUCAAACACUCUGGAAGCUUUGUGUUUAGAUUUAGGAUAUUUAUCCAUUAAAAAUUCUUUCAUAAUGGUUCAUAUUGGAUCUGACCAUAUACCAGCAAUAAUAGAUCAAUUAAAUCUAAAUUUAAAAGAUUUGAAAAUUUCCAGAGUAAAACUCAAUGAGGGUAUAAAGUUUUUUGUAUUCGACUGUUUGUUAUUACAACCGAUUACGUUUUCUCUUAUUGUAAAAAGAAAUCUUUCAUCUGCUUGGUAUACUGAACAUCCAGAUUUUGAUAUCGUAGUUAAAUUUGAUUCUAUCAAAGUUACAGUAAGCCAUGAAGAUUAUAUAGAUGUGUUAAAAGUUUUAAAUGAGAAUUUAAAUAAAGGAAAGAACGAUCAAGCUAUCUCAGCUAUCGAACCUAAUCUUAAUAUUUCACUAAAAAAUCCUAAUGAAGCUAAAGUGUUGGAGGAUAUAGAACAAAAAGCAACUGUUCAAGAAGUCAGAACUUUAGCUAAAUUUCAUUUUACAGUGAAAAAUAUUAUUUUAACACUAUUUAAAGAAGGUCCAGAUAAGAAUGGCUCUCAAAUAAAAGACAACAGUCUGGGUCAGUUUAUGUUUUCCUCUUUAACUGUAAGCGGUUUUAUGCAAACUGACCUAUCAUUCAGUCUUUCGUUGUACUUGUUGGAUGUAAUACUAGAUGAUACUCGAAUGACAAAGGCAUCUGGAACUAAAGUAGUGCGAUACAUGGAAAGAAAGAAACAUUAUUUAGAUGAUGAAACUUUACAAAAUACUGUAGACAUGGAAUAUAAACAAACUCUAACAGGAUCAGAUGUUCAGAUAAAAAUAUAUAGUUUUAAUUUGAUAUUGAACAUGGAGUACAUGACAUAUCUUUUAAACUUCUUUGUGAUACCUCCACAAGGCGAGGAUAAAACUAUAAACAAUUUAGUAAAAACCACCAAAUCAAAUAUUUUGAACGAAAAACCUGUUGUCACAGAAUUAAAAGAAAAUAAUAAAACUAUCAUGCUAAAUGUGCAAUUUGAAAAACCUGACAUAAUAUUGGUCGAAAGUUUAAAUGAUAUCAAUACAAACGCGAUAAUUUUGAAUACCGAAGCUACGUUAAAGUUACUAAUGUCUACACCGACUCAUCAAACAGUGAAUGGAACAAUUAAAGAUUUACAAAUAUAUUCUUGUUGUUAUAAUCCUACGAAAAGAAAAGAAACAAUGAAUUUAAUUUUGCGCCCAGUAACCAUAAAUAUAAUUGGAUCUACACCUGACGAUACGUGUUUUAACAUUGAUGUCAGUAUGACUCCUUUGAUAAUUUCAGUAACACCAGCUAAUAUUGAAAUGCUGAACCGAAUCAAUCAAUCGUUUACUGAAAAAAAAGAAAAUGAAUUAGUAGAGCCUAAAUAUGAUGAGCAAGAGUUUGUAAAUUUAUGGAAUAAGACUCCAUUCAAUGAAAACGAAUUUUGGUUUUUAAAAACAGAAGUUGGUGUAGAAGCAUGCUCCUUAGAAAGAGACAGAAAUUCUUCUUUAAUAAAGAAAAGCGAAGUUUGUUUUGUGUCUAUUCCAUCAAUCGUAUUUACUAUUGAAGCUGGAAUCGGAACUAAAACUAUGCCCAUGUUACUUACAGAAUGCACAUUCAAUGGCUCUAUUAAUAACUGGAGUUCUCAGCUUACUGUUGCUGCUGAAUUAGAAUUGCAAAUGAACUACUAUAACAGUAGAUUAGCACUUUGGGAACCAUUCAUCGAACCUGUAGAAGUAUCCUCUAAUGUUGGAGCAAAGUACAAACCGUGGUUACUCAUGCUAAAGUUGGAGACAUCUGAUGCCAAUCAAGUUCCCAAAGACGAAGAAGAAGUGUUUCAAAGAAAACCAGCUAUGAAAGUAUCUUUGAUAUCAUAUGAAAAUUUUGAAAUAACAAUGACAAAAACGGCCUUAGAAGUAUUAACAAGCUUAGGAAAUGAUUUAUAUAAAGCCAUAACAACAGAACAACCACUUACAAAGCGAAAUGAAGCUGCUCCAUAUAUUAUUCAAAAUAAUCUGGGAUUUGAUAUUUGUGUUAUGAUAUCCAAUACUUUAUUUAAAUUGUACAAUACUUAUGAUGGUGAAGCUACCAAAGAUACAAUCUUAAAAGACAGCGAGGACCUUUAUCUUUGUCUUAAAGAAGAUGAAUCUGUAUCAGUUAAUUUACAUCAGACCAAAGCGACUGAAAGAUCUUUAAAAAUUAAGAUCCAUGAAAAUAAUAAUACAACAGAGUUUAAUUUACCUUUAAUAAAAGCAGAUAAACGAUAUUUCAAUAUGAAGCACAAAUUAAGUACACUACAAGAACCUUGGGGCUUGGUGACUGAUACUCAAGUGAUAAAUGGCAGUAUGGUCAUAACACUAAGAAGCGUUGUUCAGAUAUUCAAUCACUUCAAUGAACAUAUUUUCCUUUAUUAUAAAAAACAAGGAAAAUUAAAGUUAAUAGGGAAAGCAAAACCUGGAAGGGCGUUUAAUCUACCAGUACACGCCAUUUAUACACAAACCAAAGAGUUAUACUUUUGUUCAGAAAAUUAUCAAAUAUGUGUUAAGCCAUUUAUUUGGAAAGAUAUUCAACCAGUCAUGAGCUUACGGACAUUAUUACAAUGUCCACCAAAUCAAGUCGAGGAUAAAGAUCCAUUUUUUAUACAGGUUCUAGGAAGUAUAGAGCAUAUUUACUUUGAACACACCGACCGCUAUUUGAUGUCCAGUAACUGUUAUAACAUCCAAUUAUACCCAACUGUUAUAUUGGUAAACACUCUUCCAGUGAAUUUGGAUUGUUUAAUGCAAGGUGAUUUUGAAAUAAAAACAUUAGCGCCCGGAGAGAAAAUAAAUUUACCAAUUGUUGAAAUUGGAUAUUCCUUUUUAACAUUAAAGGUGAAGUAUUUAAAUAAAUACUGGGAUUGCAAAUGUUUUAUUGAAGAGCAUCCAGAUGAAUUUUCCAUUUGGUCGUUUACCAACAAUGAAGAUAAACCUGAGUCUAACACAAACAUUAUAAACUUUGGUAUUAGAACUGAAUUUCAGGAAGGCGGGACACAUAUCAAAACUCUUUAUUGUCCAUUUUGGAUGAUCAACAAGACUGAACAAAGUCUUACCUAUAAAGCUGCUGAUGACGAAGUCAAUAUGUUACGGCACACCACCGAUCCUUCAGAACCGUUGAUGUGGUCAUUUAAUAAAAAAAUAUUUUUUGCCAACAAAAGAGGAUAUGUUAAAAUAGACUCUGGUUUAUGGUCCGAUAGAUUUUCGUUAGACGUGGCUGGUAGCUCUGGGUCAAUUAUGUGUAAAACAAAUGACACUUUGUAUCAAAUUGGUGUUCAUAUUCAAUUAACAAACAAUUCAUUAUCAAAACAAGUUAUAUUUACUCCAUUCUAUAUUGUUUAUAAUCGAUGUCUAUUUUCUGUUGACAUUCAAGAAGCUGAUAAAGUUGCCAAGACUUGGAUAAGAAUUGGUCCGAACAGUUGUAUGCCAUUUUGGCCUCAGAAUAUUACUGAUAAUCAUAAAUUAAAUGAUAAAGUAUUUGUUGUUCGGGUAACUGGAACUUUGGACACUUCUACACCUUUGCCAUAUUCCAAACCAAGAAGUGAUCUAAUACGCCUUCGAAAUAAACAUAGUGCAAUACAAGUGGACACUCAAAUUACAGAAAGCGGUGCAUAUAUAACAUUUAAUCCAUAUAUGGAAGGAAUGGCACCAGCUUUGAUUAUAAAUCAUACUGAAAAUUACCUUAAGUUUAUUGAACAUGAUUUGUCAGAAUUUCUUGAUGAAAUUAAAAUUUUACCUCCUAAACAUAACAUGUUUUUCACUUGGUCGACUCCAACGGAACACCCAAUUCUCUAUUGGAAUAUGAUGCAGCAGCAAGCGGAUCUAAGAAAAGAUGCCGUUGGAGUAUUUAAUCAUGAUGACGGCAUUAAAAUGUAUUGGGUUUCUUUUUUGGAUGGCUUACAGCGUAUUCUCUUGUUUACCAUCAAUGCUGGUAUUGCUGAAGAAUGCCAAGCAUCAAGAAAACUUGAAUUUAUUAACAGAGAAGUAUUAGUUUCAAUUCAUUCGUUAGGUUUGUCGUUGGUUAAUAACGACAUUAGUACUGAAAUAAUGUAUUUGCGAAUUGGAAGCUCUGGUGUCAUUUGGGAGGUAAAAAAAUUAAAUGCAUCUCGAUAUAAGCCGAUGACUCAAAAAGAAUGCGACUUAAUUGAACAUGCUUAUAUACGUUACACAAGAAAAUUGGCAAUUGGUGAAAACGAACCUAUUGUUACCAUUAAAGAAUUAAAUAUUGAAGUAAAUUUUGAGGAAAACAUUAUAAUCAAACCUUCAACAAGAAACAUUAGAAGAAUUUACAAUACUGGAUUUUGGCUUAAUCUGCAGUCUUCAGACUAUACAUCCCAAAUUCAUGCAAAAAUCAACAAUCUGCAAAUUGAUAGCCAAAUAGAUAAUUGUAUUUUCCCUGUCAUAUUUGCUCCUGUACCCCCACCCAAAACAAUAGCAUUAACAGAACGGAAACCAUUCAUGGAGCUUAGUAUUGUAGAACGAUUAAACAAAAAUAGUUCGGUUAAACAAUACAAAUACUAUAAAAUGCUUAUUCAAGAGUUUCAUAUUAAACUCGAUAUUGGCUUUAUAAAUGCAUUGAUUAAAAUGACUGAGAAAUAUGAAAUUUCAGAAGACAAAAGAAAAAUAGUAUUUAAUGAAGAUUUAUUUUAUGCAAGUAAGCCACUGGAGGCCCAAAUUAUUAAAGCAUCUUUACAAGAACAAAAGAAUUAUUACGACAUGCUUCAUUUCUCUCCACUUAAAAUACAUGUUACAUUUUCACUAAGCGGAAACGAGUUAGAAAAUAUUCCACCCAUUAUUAACAUAGUCUUACAAAGCAUUGGUGUGACGAUUACUAGUGUUCAAGAUGUUGUAUUAAAGUUGGCAUUUUUCGAACGCCAAUAUGUGUUGCUUAAUCAGCGUCAACUAAUAAUAGAAGCUCAACAUCAUUAUGUCGGUCAACUUAUUAAGCAGUUGUAUGUUCUUGUCCUGGGCUUGGAUGUGCUGGGAAAUCCGUUUGGUCUUGUAACUGGAAUCAAACAAGGUGUUGAAGAUCUAUUUUAUGAACCAUUUCAAGGUGCAAUUCAAGGCCCUGGAGAAUUUGCUGAAGGAUUAGUUUUGGGUGUUAAAAGUUUGUUUGGUCAUACGGUUGGAGGUGCUGCUGGAGCAGUUGGUAGAAUAACUGGAACAAUGGGCAAAGGAGUUGCUGCACUAACUUUUGAUAAAAAUUAUCAAAAAAAACGCCAGGAACUAAUGAAUGAAGAACCUAAAAAUUUUUCAGCUGGAUUGGCACAAGGAGGUCGAGGAUUUGUGUUGGGCGUAGUAGAAGGCGUUGAAGGUGUUUUUAAAAAACCUUUUAGUGGAGCUCAUAAUGAUGGGGUUAAAGGAUUUUUCAAAGGAGCAUGCCAGGGUAUGGUCGGUCUUGUUGCCAACCCCUUGUCUGGGGCAUUAGAUUUUACAAGUGGCACUCUGAACACAAUAAAAAGAGUGACUGAUACCACAUCGGAAGUACAACGUGUGCGUUUACCAAGACACUUUAAAGAAGAUAAACAAGUGAGACCAUAUUGUAAACUGGAAGCUGAAGGAUACAAACUAUUAAAGACUGCUGAAAAAGGACUUUAUAAGUUAACAGACAGCUACAUUUAUCAUAUUAGAAUGGGAAUUUCUGAUAAAGAAAUCUUUGUGGUAACCAAUCAAAGAGUUAUGUACAUCAUUCGAAGUUUCUGGACUGGCAAUUAUAAAAUUCUUUGGCAGUAUGUAUGGCCAGCAAUGACACGUACCCCAAAAUUAAAACCAAAUGGAAUUGUCAUUCACACGAACGAUAGUAAUACUAAUAGGUGUUCAUGGUUUUGUUGGAAAGAAAGGCAGGGCAAUACCAAAUUAGUACUCAUUUCAAAUGCUGAUAUAUGUACUUGGUUAACCAAAAAAAUGUGUGAACUUAUGGAGACAAAUAAUCCAGUUAUGAAGUCUAUUCAAUCUUCCCAAACUGCUUUGAAAAAUUCUAAUGAAUUUUAAUAAAAUUGUGAAAGAAUUAAAAUAUUUAAGAAAAAUUAAGAAAUAAUAAAAUAAUUUUAAGAAGUUAAAAAAAAUAUUUAUAUUAACCUUCCAGUGGGCGUUUUAUUUGCUAUAAUAGGUGUCGUGCAUAAUAUAAUUUUCAACAGUACUAAAAGCAGUAAUAAUCAUACAUACGAUAAAUUUGUAUGAAAUAUUAUUGCAUUUACAGUAUCUUUAACCUUAAUUAAUAGACUGUACAACAGUGAUUUUACCAAAAACGCGACAAGAAAAA